AUGGACCCCGAGCGCUGCGCGCGGUUCGGCGUGGGGCCCGGGACUGGCCCCUACGCGGCCGCGGACGGCGAGCCUCCCGGCCCCCCGGGGGCCCCCGCCGGCGCGCCUCACCUGCACCCCGCGCCGCCCCGCGGCCCGCGCCCGACCCGCUUUGCGGCCUGCGCGCCCCUGGAGCCCUACGCCCCGCAGCCCGCCCGGCCGCCCGCCAGGUACCUGCAGGGCCUCGGGCCCGGCCCGGCGCUCAACGGCAGCCACUUCUACGAGGGCCCCGCGGAAGCCGAGGAGAAGGCCUCCAAAGCUGCCAGCUUCCCCCAGCUGCCCUUGGACUGCCGAGGGGCCCCCAGAGACGGGCCCUCUAACUUGCAAGGCUCCCCAGGCCCUUGUCUGGCCAGCCUGCGCGUCCCUCUGUCCCCGGGACUCCCCGACUCCAUGGAGUUGGCCAAGAACAAGAGCAAGAAGCGCCGUAACCGCACGACCUUCAGCACAUUCCAGCUGGAGGAGCUGGAGAAAGUCUUCCAGAAAACCCACUACCCUGAUGUGUAUGCCCGGGAGCAGCUGGCUCUGCGAACGGACCUAACCGAGGCCCGGGUACAGGUCUGGUUCCAGAACCGCAGAGCCAAGUGGCGGAAGCGGGAGCGAUUCGGGAAGAUCCAGGAGGGGCGCAACCCCUUCCCGUCGGCCUACGACGCCUCCGUGCUGCCGCGAGCGGCCAGCCACGCCCAGCUGCAGAACUCCCUGUGGCCCAGCCCGGGGUCUGGGAGCCCCCCAGGUCCCUGCCUCGUGUCUCCAGAGGGCAUGGCCUCCCCGUGCAUGUCCCCGUACUCCCACUCCCAUGGCAAUGUGGCUGGCUUCAUGGGGGUGCCUGCCUCCCCCGGAGCCCACCCUGGCAUCUACUCCAUCCAUGGCUUUUCCCCUGCCCUGGGGGGCCACAGCUUCGAGCCCACCCCAGAGGGCGACUAUAAGUCUCCGAGCCUCAUCUCGCUCAGGGUGAAGUCCAAGGAGCCACCCAGCCUACUGAACUGGACCACGUGAUCAGCUGCGUGGACACGCAGACUAAGCUGCCACCCCCGGGUCUGAUCCCAGCUGCUCCCACCCCACCCCAGCCUGGAUGUCAGAGAGGACACCCCUCUGCCUCCAAGCCCCCCCUGGCUCCCGGAGGCAGGCAGGGCAGCUGGGAUCCUCAGCCUCCCGCAGGGAACAAGCUAGAGACUUUCCUCCUAAGCUAAGGGGGGCCUGCCCAGGACAAAGGGGGCUGCAAAGCGGGUAGCGCUCUUCCUACUGCGCACUGGGUCCCAACAUCCAGCUCGGCUGGAGGAAGACACUGUCCUGCUUCCUCCAGACUUUGUCCAAGUUUAACUGUCAUCCCUCCAGCUGAAAUGCCUGAAUUGGUUCCUCAUUCAGGGAACCCGGGAAAGUUAGGAGGACGACACAGGUUGAAGCAGGAGGAGUUCUUUGUGCCUUAGGGGAACCGACUUCCGCGAGCACCUAGGGCCAUCUUCCCCUCCCGGCACUAGGGGGCGAGCACCUGGCGACUGGGGCUCACAGGCCUGAGGCCGGCCACGGAAGAGGCAUGGGUAGCCCCUGCCCCAGCCGCCCCUCACUCCUGUCCUGUGCCCGCUUCUGCAACGGGGCCGGGCCCUGGAGUCCCCUUUGCCCCCAGGGGACAUAAAGUCCACCAGAAACCACCAACUAUUUGGAUUCUUUUCUAUGUGAUCAGGCCAGCUGUGCCAUGCAAACUGUAGGCUUCCUGGUUUACUCAUUAGAUGUUGGUUAAGAAUAAAACAGAUUUCCCAGAUUCUAGCCCUUGAGAUCUCAACCCCCUACUUUUGUUAAAAAAAAAAAAAAAAGAAAAAAAAAUGUGCUGCCCAACAUAAUAAUAAAGAUGGCAGUAGUUCUUA